AUGGCUUUCGAGAAACUCGACUUGGAUCCGCUUUUCGCCAAAAUUGAAGAGUUGAAACCACAAUUCAUCGACCGUUUGGCCCGCGCCGUCGCAAUUCCCUCCGUUUCGGGAGAUGAGCUGCUCAGACCUCGUGUGGUCGAUAUGGCCCACUUUUUGGUUUCUGAAUUGGAGAACUUGGGUGCCCACGAUAUCCAGCUCAAGGAUUUGGGCACUCAGCCUCCGCCUGUAGCCGAUGCCUCAUUGCAGUUGCCACCAAUUGUUUUGGCCCGCUUUGGCGCUGACAAAUCGAAGAAAACCGUGUUGGUGUAUGGUCACUACGACGUUCAGCCUGCUUUGAAGGAAGAUGGCUGGGCAACCGAGCCUUUCACUAUGCACCACGAUGAAGCGGCCCAGAUUUUGUACGGAAGAGGUACCACCGACGACAAGGGUCCCGUCAUGGGCUGGUUGAAUGUGGUCGAGGCACACAACGCUUUGGGAUUGGAGUUGCCUGUAAACUUGGUGUGCUGCUUCGAAGGAAUGGAGGAAUCCGGAUCUCUUGGUUUGGAUGGCCUCAUUGCCCAAGAAGCGCAGCAGUAUUUCCUGAGUGUAGACACUGUAUGUAUCUCUGAUAACUACUGGCUUGGAACGACCAAGCCUGUGUUGACGUACGGUUUGCGCGGAUGCAACUACUAUCAAAUCGCCAUUAAGGGCCCAGGUGCAGACUUGCAUUCUGGUAUUUUUGGUGGUGUGAUUGCAGAGCCCAUGGUUGACUUGGUCCAAGUCAUGGCCAAGCUCGUAGACAACAAGGGUAAGAUUUUGAUUCCUGGUGUGGAUGAGAUGGUCGCUCCUUUGACUGAGAAGGAGGAUGCCUUGUAUGAUGACAUCGAUUUCUCUGUCGACGAGUUGCAUGCUGCAGCAGGCUCCGAGACUGGUCUUUACAACAACAAGAAGGAUAUCUUGAAACACAGAUGGAGAUACCCAUCUUUGUCUAUCCACGGAGUUGAGGGUGCAUUCUACGGGCCUGGUGCCAAAACUGUGAUCCCCUCUCGUGUCGUGGGUAAGUUCUCCAUCAGAACUGUUCCAGAUAUCGACAGCGCCAAGUUGGACAAGCUCGUCAUCGAGUAUGUGCAAAAGGUGUUUGGUGAGCUCUCGUCGCAGAACCAGCUCAACGUGGAAUUGAUCCAUGAUGGUGCCUACUGGGUGUCAGAUCCAUUCAACGAAUCUUUCACUGCCGCCUCCAAGGCCACCGAGCACGUGUGGAACAUCAAGCCUGAUUUCACCAGAGAGGGCGGUUCGAUUCCUAUCACUCUUACCUUCGAACAGGAGCUCAAGACGCAGGUUCUUUUGUUGCCAAUGGGUAGAGGAGAUGACGGAGCACAUUCCAUCAACGAGAAGUUGAAUGUGAGCAACUACAUCAACGGAUGCAAGACCUUGGGUGGAUACUUGCACUACUACGGAAGACAAUAG